CAUUAGGGGAUCAUGCAUGCCAUGACAUCCCUACCAUGCCAGUCCUGGUAAAUUACGUAAAUUAAAUGAAUCUAGGGUCUUUAUCAUAAAAACAACCAGCAUCUGAUCUGAGCAAAACUCGUCGAUCGCCAUUUGCCCAUAAGCCACUCGUCUCCUCCUCUCCAUCCACGAAGUCUUCUCCUCUCGAUCAGAAGAAAUAGAAAUUAGGGUUUCCAAGAUCUAGGGUUUCUCCAGUCUCUCCAAACAUGUCGAACUUCAGCGGCGACGAGACCGCCCCCUUCUUUGGAUUCCUCGGAGCUGCCGCGGCGCUCGUUUUCUCCUGCAUGGGGGCAGCGUACGGGACGGCGAAGAGUGGGGUCGGGGUGGCGUCGAUGGGCGUGAUGCGCCCGGAGCUCGUGAUGAAGUCGAUCGUGCCUGUGGUCAUGGCCGGAGUCCUCGGGAUCUACGGAUUGAUCAUCGCUGUGAUCAUAAGCACCGGGAUUAACCCCAAGGCCAAGUCUUACUACCUCUUCGAUGGAUAUGCGCAUCUCUCGUCGGGGCUCGCUUGUGGCCUUGCUGGCCUUUCCGCAGGCAUGGCGAUCGGGAUUGUCGGUGAUGCAGGUGUCAGGGCCAAUGCGCAGCAGCCAAAGCUAUUUGUUGGGAUGAUUCUCAUUCUCAUUUUUGCAGAAGCUCUUGCGCUCUAUGGUCUCAUUGUCGGUAUCAUCCUUUCAUCUCGGGCUGGUCAAUCCCGUGCAGAAUAAGAACACGAGCAGCUGACCAUGUGUUCUCUGUUCUUCCUAUAUUCAUAUAGGAUAUGAGCUAAGCUUUCUAAUUGUUUUGUUAUCAUACUGUAAUUCAUUUAAGGACUUUGUUAUGAAUGAGGGCCUCGUUGUUUGACUUGUCUGUUAUCAGUCCUUUCUGUAAUGUGACAUUUUCAUCUUCUUGUGAUGCAAGCUAAUGACAUUUUGCUGCACAUAUACAUGUGACUCCGCUUUCAUGGAAACUGGAAAGCACAUGGGUCUAGAUUGCUUCUCUUA